AUGGAUGUGCAAGUCCCAAACAGAGCAGGAGCAUUUGCGUGGCCCGAACGAUUUUUCAACCGAAGGAAGUUUCCUAGUGGCUGGGAAAAUUCCUCAUGGCUUGAGGCCAGGCUUAAAGCUGUAGGCUUGACAUUGGCAGAUGCCGAGGAAGAACACCUGUUGCACUCUUUGCGGACCGCAGAGAACUGGGCCGCAGACAAGUUUCGGCUCGAUCUCUUCCUCGAUGUUCUUCGAGGUGCAACGCUACGGCAAUUAGUAGAAGAAGACGACAGCGUGCCUGAAAACAAAGUGGCCCUCCUCAUUGAUAGCAACAACAUCGGCACUUCACCUGUCUUUCGGCCCUUUCUUGGAGGCCUAACAGCGAGGCAAUUGUUGAGAGAGGCGAGCAAGAAGCGCUAUAAUGAGGAACCAACUACCGAGAGCAGUGACUUCAUCGAGGCAGAACGCAGAUUGAUCUAUGUGGUUGACCUGAACGCCUGGGCCAUUGUCGCUCUUCUUGCGUCCUCUCCAGAGUCCCUCUGUAGGAAUGUGACUCGCUUCAUUUACAACUACCUCGUUGCAAAGUGUAGCAUUGGUGUUUCUUUCGCCACGGAAGGACCAGACACAUUUCUCCUUCAACUUUCGCUUCCAAUCAGAGCUUUUCGUGAAACGACUAUGCUGAAGAAUGAUGAUCGGAAGAAAAGGUCUAAUGAAGAGCCCCUCAGAUCAUCCACAGAGAUUACAUUUUUGAGGAGUCUUACGGACGCAAACUUCGAUGCCCACUCUAUCGAUGUCAUCUACUCGAGUCAUAUGAGUGUGAUGGUCACAGGCUACGAUCAACGUCGAUGGACCGGAGUAGCCCUCAUUGAGAGCUGGUUUGAAGACGAACUCGAUGAUCCAUCGCCCGACAUGAUAGCACGCUACGAAAAGGACUCUGACGAAAAGGACUCUGACGAAAACGACUCUGACGAAAACGAUCCUGAGGACGAAAUAACAUUCGACCCACUUUGCCGAGGACGAGGCGACGCGACGAAAUCGGAAUGGGAGCCUCGCCAGUACUAUAUCCGUGUGUUUGAGGUACGACUUAACCAUGUAUAUGGUGAAUGGGAAUCACUCUACGGACACCUUGAGAAGAUCAUCAAAGCCGCGCCGAAGAAGCACAAGAAGCUUCUAAAAGAACUUUUAAAAGCGUCUCGCAUUCCUACAGCUCGUCAAGAAGCCCAGAGAAAGGUCGACGAGUUUGAGGUCAACAUCGGCGAAGCCGAAGAGCUUCUGAUUGACCUUGCCCAAGUCCUUGACGACAUACUUAGCAGUGCCUCGAUUUUCAUGGAAACAGACGUGCAAUACUUUCUGCAGGAUAACGGUCCCAACGGAAACACGUGGAACUGCGUGCUUCCCUUGUCCCAAGUCCGGGGAACAUUGAACGAAAUGAGCAACACUCACCGGAAACUUGGCGUCCUACAAACAACAUGCAAGUCGAUGCUUGAUCGUGGCGCCGCCGAGAGACAAAAGUACGUCUUGCAACUAAAGAUAAACGAGAUAACCCAGCCUCUGGAGCUGAAAGUUUUGUCUUGGACGACCAUCAUGUCUCAACCAUUACUCAAUAUCGCUGCGGUUUUCAGCUGUGAUGGUAUCAUCACCGUUCCGCGUACAUGGUACUACUUUCUCUGUGCCUUCUUCCUCAUGGUAGCGGCAAUGGGAUUCAUCGUGGUGUUCUUGCUCAAACUACUUGACUCAGGCGCAAGCUUGUUUCAAAGUCGGCACGGAGACAGGAAUCCUACACAAGAGUCCAGCGACAGCUCAGCAGAAGGCCAAGUGACGGCUCCGGUUGACACCAACAACUCUCUGCCACGACGGAGACCCACCUUUUGCACAAGUGGAAUGGAUUACUUUCGAAGACGACGCAGAGGCGAUAUCGGCCUUCUUGAACUACCAGGACAAAUUUGCUAG